UGACAGCUCCGAACAUGUGUGCUCACUGUUUUUUUCGAGUCGAGUCAGUGUUAGCGGCGAGGUGAUGGCAAGCAUAACUAGCUAGUGGCUAACAACUAACCAGGUGGUACACGUCUUAGCGCUUAGGUAAUCUUUGCUCUGCUUCACCUGUCACCUGUUAGCGAACCAGCGAGGAGCAGCGUUGCCUGGCUUUUAACACUGUGGUGCUGCUAAUUAAGCUAACGUCAGCUAGCCAGCUGCAGACUCUCCUAAAAAUGGCCACUGUUUCAAUUCCUGCUUGUACCAGUGCACUCUUGCUGGAUAUUGAAGGAACAACCACACCAAUCACAUUUGUAAAGGACAUCUUAUUUCCAUACAUCAGGGAGCAUCUUGAGGAUUACUUGUCCACUCACUGGGAAGAAGAUGAGUGCAAACAAGACGUCCAUCUCCUAAAGAAACAGAUUGAAGAGGACAUGAAACAGAAUCGUUCGUGCCCUGUCCACACCGUGGACCAGACGGUUCACACGGACGAGGAGAAGGCCAUUAGGGAAGUCGUGGAUAAUGUGCUGUGGCAGAUGGCUGCAGACAGGAAAUCAACAGCACUCAAACAGCUCCAAGGUCACAUGUGGAGAGCAGCUUAUGCUUCUGGGAGAAUCAAAGGCGAGGUCUACCAGGAUGUAAUUCCAUCCAUCAAAAGAUGGAAAGGACAAGGACUAAAAGUGUACAUUUACUCCUCUGGAAGCGUGGAGGCACAGAAACUUCUGUUUGGAUACUCUGUCGAAGGAGAUGUUUUAGAUUUAUUUGAUGGUCACUUUGACACCAGUAUAGGAGCUAAAGUAGACGGCAAAAGCUAUGAGAGAAUUGCUGAGAGGAUUGGUUGUCAACCUGAGGAAAUCACAUUCUUGACGGACGUGACUCGAGAGGCUAAAGCAGCUGAAGAAGCCGGGGUGAACGUGACGUUGGUGGUCAGGCCUGGAAACAUGGAGCUGACAGAUGACGAGAGAGCCCAUUAUAACCUCAUUACAUCCUUUAGCCAACUUGAACUGAAAAGACGUGCUUAACACAGAGCGUGGAGGAAGAUGGGGAGAACUUCUCUGACUUCAUUUCAUAAUUGACCUGUUCCUUCUCUUCUUUGUCCCCCCCACCCUCCCCCUCCCCGCAACUCUGAUGUUUUUGUUUGUUCCACGUUGACAGUUCAAGAAGUGUAGGAGCGGCUGCUGAGACUACAGUUAGCCACAAGUAGGGCUACUGAAGUCCAAGCCUGUAAGAAUUUAAUCUAUCCAGGUCUUUCAGGAUGCCUUUCACAUGUAUGGAAACAGCUCUACGGAGCGUAAUAGGAACUCAAAUGGAACAUUACUCUCAUUGGACCAUUUGAAUGACUGGAAAGAGAACGAAAAAGCUGUUGGUGCAGCGCUAAAAGAAGCAACGAGCCUGAGGAAAACUGCACAUGAGCUGUAAAGCUACCUUACCUUUUUACCUUUUAGAUGAACCGUAUUCUGUUGCCAGUUCUGAAACUCUCCGAUGUUAGUCAAAACUUUCCAACUGUAUGUGUGUAUGUUGUAUUUGUCACCGUUUUGUAAACAUUUUCCAUUCAUGUGCCGUUUUCUCCUUCUACACAUACACGUGUUGCAGACGUACGAAGUUUUAUCCAGUGAUUGAACCGUUUAACAUUGUUAAUGUUUUAGAAAGUAGAACUACAGUAUAGAUGCACCCGGCAGUCGUGCUGCUGACAGAAAAUUCUCAUUUCAAACGUUGUUUGAAUGUCUUAAUUAUUCCCCUCGCAGGUGAAUAGUGUCUAUUUAAAUGUGCCAUCCUCGUUGAUCAUCUGUAAUAUUGGUGUUGGAAAGUUACCUAAAAAUUGCCAAAUUGAUGAUUUCUGUGUGAAAUAUAAUUGGUAUAAUUCAGGAAACGAAAUCUAAAAACUUGCUUCCAAUAAAUGCCUUGUCUCACA